AAUCAAAACAACUUUGCCCUAUAAAUCCUACCCAUCUACCAUUCUACCCGAUUGUACUUCAGAGUUCAAACUCAACCCUAAAAAAGUUCUGUCACAAUAUAAAUCUCAGCGUACAAAUCAAACCAUAAAUCCAUCAUCUUUAGAAAACUUUAGGUUGUUUCAUCAUCAUCCCCAACCAAACAGACUCUACCAUGGACAGCGGCCAAUACUCCGAUGAUGAGUACUACGACGAGUAUGGUGAAGACGACGUCCUCGAAAUCGGCUGUGAUAAUCACUCCCAAACCUCCGAUGAAGUCUCCUCCCAUGUCGGCGACGACAACAAAAGCUUUACUGUUUUAAAUAUGGCUGAUAUUCGUCGUCGACAAGACGAAGCUAUCUCUCAUGUUUGUUCCGUUCUAUCGCUACCUAAAUCGCACGCUAGUCUCUUACUGUUGCAUUACAAUUGGACUGUUUCGGACUUUCUCGAGCGUUGGUUCACUGAUGAACACGCCGUGCGGAAUAAAAUCGGUCUAUUUGUAAAUCCGAUUACAAUCACACACACAAUUCCAGAAAUCGACGAUAAUAAUUACUCUGAUUUUAUUUAUUGUGAGAUUUGCUUCGAGGAAUUCCACCAUGGCGAGAUUUGGUCUUUAUCUUGUAAUCAUUCCUUUUGUGUAACCUGUUGGAAAUCGUACAUUAGCUCGGCGAUUAAUGACAGUGCUAUAGGCAGUUUAACCCUAAAAUGUCCUGGGUUUAAGUGUCGUGUCGCGGUUACUAGAGAUUUAAUCGAUGAAUUAGUUUCGAUUGAGGAAAAAGAGAAAUUUGAUGAUUAUGUUGUUAGAUCUUAUGUUGAGUGCAAAAGAAAAAAUAUUAAGUGGUGUCCUGCCCCGGGGUGCGAGUGUGCGAUUGAAUUUGAGAGGGAUGGUGAUAAUAGUAGUGGGUAUGAUGUUACAUGUUUAUGUUCGUAUGGUUUUUGUUGGAAUUGUGGGGAGGAAUGUCAUAGACCAGUGGAUUGUGAGUUGGUUAAGAAUUGGAGUAUGAAGAAUUCAGUUGAGGGUGAGAACACUCAAUGGAUUAUUGCGUAUUCAAAGCCUUGUCCCAUGUGCAAGCGUCCUAUUGAGAAGAAUCAAGGAUGCAAUCACAUGACAUGUUCUUGCGGACACCAUUUCUGUUGGAUCUGCCUAGACCCAUAUUUCACCCAUCGUGAUAGUGCAUCAUGCAACAAAUUUGAAUCAGGUGAACAAAUGAUGAGUGAUGCAGAAACACAGAAACAUGCAGGGAAUUUUCUGGAAAGAUAUGCACAUUACUAUGAACGAUGGGCAAGCAACCACAAGUCACGGGAAAAAGCACUACACGACUUGCGCAGAACAAAGAGUGUGGAUUUAGAAAUUUUGAGUAAGAUUGGAAAUGUGAUGGUGUCUGUGUCGCAACUGGAGUUUAUUGUUGAUGCUUGGAAACAGAUUAUAGAAUGCAGGCGGGUUUUGAAAUGGAGUUAUGCUUAUGGCUAUUUUUCGACUGAAAAUAAUUCUCUUAAAAAACAAUUUUUUGAGCAUAUACAAGGACUUGCAGAGAAUUAUCUGGAAAUGCUUCAUUCUCAUGUAGAAAUUAGUCUGAAAUAUUUCAUAAAUGAUGAACCUCAUCGUUUGAAGCCUGAAAUACGAGAUUUUAACAGUUAUCGUUUUACGGUGGUUAAUUUAACAAAAGUUACUGCUAAAUAUUUUGAGGAUUUGGUCAGAGCUUUAGAGAAUGGUUUAUUAGAGGUGGAAUAGAAGAAAGACGACGUACAUCAACAAAUUGUAGCACCCACUUACAUCAACAAGCUAGAGAAUUAUUUUAGUCCAAAAUAUAUUUUUGGAACUCUGAUUUUUGGUACAUGUGAUUUGUGUUUUAAUAACAUUUUAUUAGAUUUAUUUUCUGUUUUCAUACAAUACUGAAUGGAAAAAUUAUUUUAGUUCUGAUAAACAUUACAUUGUCUAAUUUAUAGUUUGAAUUAAUGAAAUAACUGCUUUCCGUGUG